GAGAAACAGGCAGAAGAAAAGAAAGUCACUCGCCAUGUCCUGCUUCCCUUUUCUCCUGGGUGAGUUGCUUCUUCGUCUUCGUCGCCUUCUUGUUCCAGGGAAGAAGCAGAUCUACAACUGGUGGUCUUCCUUGCAAUGGAGAGACUGGACUCGACACUGAGUUGUGAGCAGGCCCUGGGGAACAAAGACUAUGUCGAGGAGAUGAUCCAGAAGCAACUUUUCAGCUCGCCACUACUGAAUUUGACAGGGGGGCAGAAAAUGGACGAUGAUUCGUACCAAGCUACUAUCAAGAUGAAAACUGAGGAGAUGCUGGAAGUUCUGGAGUCUCUGAGGCUUGGCACGGAUUGGAAGGUUGAGGACGAAAGCCAGGACUUGAGAAUUAUGUACUGUCCUGGUCGUGGUACGCCAUUUCACAGCUACUGUGUCGAAGGCAUUGUCAAUGCUCCGCUUGUUCAUGCUCUGUGCGUGAUGUGGGAAGUUCCUUGCUUUAAAAAAUGGUGGCCUCACUUUACUGUGCCUUCGUUUAAAGUGUUGGAGUCCCAAUGGCUGAGGAUGCUUCGCAUUUGCGAGAACCUUUUCCACAUGAGGUGCAAGGUUCCAUGGCCGUUUGCGACAAGAGAAAUGCUGGUCACGUCUUUCGAACUGGAGCUACCUGAAUUGGAUGCCGUGGUUGGCUGCUUGCGAACAGUCCCCCAGGAAGCAGAGACUAUCGUCAAGGAGACCAUCCAUGGUUUUAAUGCUUCUCAUUUGCCUCCUCCAAAAGAGGGCGUCAUUCGCAUGGAAGCCAACGGUGGAUUUAUCCUCCAGAAGAUUAGCGACGAGAAAUGCUACAUAAGAGCAGUAAUACACCUGGACCUUAAGCUCGACCUUGUUCCGACAUGGGUGAUUAACUUCCUUGGGCGUCAAGUUGUGGGACAUGGCUUCAGGCUAUACCUCAAGACUGUUUCUUCUGUUAAAGAGAGCAAAGUGUUUCAAGAAUGCAUCAGGCAACAGCCACUCUACAGCCGCAUAACGUUACAGAUGCUACCAAAAUCGAGCCACGAAAAUGGAUACAAGAGUUGAGGUGCUUUUCAUACGAACUAUUCAUAAGCUUCCUGCACAAGAGCAUUUACAUUUAUAAACAAAGAGGACUUUGAGGCCCUACUCCUGAAAAGUCCGAACUUAUUCAUCACAUAUAUGCAAGGUGGGUUUUAUAAGA